UUCACAAAGAAGAAACUCUUUAAAAGACUCCCACAUGAUCCAAACUUUAGGGUUUAAUAUCCCUUCCAAUCUCCCCAUUCUCUUCCCGAAUCACUUACAGAUCCAAUCUUUGUCCGAAAAUGCCAUCAACCACCACAACUUACGGCACCAUCUCGUCCGCCCCAACCCUCAUUUCCUCACACCCCAAACACACGCGCCGCCCAUGGCCGGAACUCUUCUCCCUCCCCACUUUCUCCCUCCCUAUCUCCGCCGCCGACGCCAAAGACCGGAUAAAGCUUAAUGUAUCCUUCUUCCGGGUAAAUUACGUAAUUACAGCGCUGACGAUCCUCUUCUUGACUCUCCUUUGGAACCCUACUUCGAUGAUAGUUUUUCUUAUAACUUUCAUUUUCUGGUGGUUCUUGUACCUGUUUAAUGAUAACCCAUUAGUUAUUUUCAACAAAACCGUGGAUGAUACUGUUGUUUUGGGGGCUUUGAGUUUUGCUACUGUGCUUUUACUGGUUUUGACGCAUGUGGGUGUUAAUGUGUUGGUUGGGUUGAUUAUUGCUGUGGUUGUUAUUGGUGUUCAUGCUGCCUUUAGAGGAACUGAAGAUUUGGGAUCCCCUGUUGAAGAGGAGGAAAAUGGGUUGCUUUCUGUUGUUGGAACUCAGCCUUUGAGGCCAACUUCUGGAUAUAAUAGGAUUUGAUUCGAUCUUUUCGGUGUCCAAUUGUUGCAAAAAGUUGUUUUAUGGGUGUCGAUUUGAAGUGGGGUUUAGCUUUGAGGGUGUGGAAAUUGGAGUGGAGGAAUCGGUUGUUUCAUUUUUGUUGAAUGAUCCUAUUAGUGGUUAGGUACUAUUAGUUUAAUCUUUGAGGUCGAUAGUGUUUGAGUUCUUACUUGUUACAUGCAUGAAUUCAUCCUUGUGGUUGGUUGAAAUCGAACUUGGAGCAGAUAUUAUGGUGUUUUUAGGUUUGGCACUGGUGUGGAAGUUGGUGGUUUCUUGGAGUUUUGCUUUGAACUGUGUCAUGGGGAUCGAAGGGUAUCUUUUGGCCCUUGUUUUUUCUGGUUUCUCCUUUUAGUGGUUAGUAUUUGAGGUAUGGGUUGUUUCGUUCAUGAAAUGAUCCCCUUGAUCGAUCUUUGUUCGGAGUUUCUCCUUUUGUCCUGGUUUAUCUGGUUGAAGAGAUGAGAUCUUGUGGCUUAAUAGUUUGUAUAUCCUGGAAAUGUAGGAGAAGGCGUGGCUGCCUGCUUAUUGGAUGGUAAUGCUGGGUUAUGUCUUGUGGCCAAUUAACAUAAUUGUUAAAUGAAAUCAUGUGGGUGUGGAUAGGGAUGAUGAUGAUGAUGAACUUGUGUUGCAAAUGCUGACAAGAAUGACACCAUGGAAGCUUUGAGGUGAUUAGUUUGUUAUCGGAUUGUUUCGAUUCCCGAAGUAACUCUGUUUUAGUCACAAAAGUGUAAUCACUGAUUUCGUUGCAUACAAUCUGAAUGA